AUGAGUAAUAUGUUCUCCAUCAAACAACUAAUCACUGAUUUUGCCCACGAGACAAGCCUCGUACCAGCUAUGGAUGCGGCAUUUCUAGUUCCUUCCUUGCUGAUUUUUGAUCUUACAUUCACUACGGUCGCUUUCUCUAUAACCGUAUUCCUUCUAGCUCUAGUUUUCCAAGCUUAUCUAGCUGUUGUUUGGAACUUAGCACUUGUUUCAGUACUCGAAAAAAUAUGUGGGAUCGAGGCACUUGGUGUUGAGACUUAUCAAAGGAUCAAGCGGCACGGAUUUUCCCUAAAUAUUUUGUUUGGAGCACUCUCUCUUUCUGUGUUCUGUGGUGUCCUUAUGUCAGAAAAUGCAGCCAUGAUUCCAUUGCUCCUCUUGAAUUCCAUGUACUGCCUGAUCGAGAUGUUUAAGCUAACGACAUACACAGUCCUCUAUCAUGAGUGCAAGGAGACUCAUGGAGAAGAGCUUGAAAUGCAAGAAGGCACUAAAUAUACUAAAGUGGCUUUUACCCCACUUAUCAGUGCAGAUGCAACAUGA